AUGCUAUACCGUGACAUUCGAAUCCAGCGAUUCAACCGCUCGCCAGAUCAUAUUUCUCAGUCAGUCCCAAUGAGGAUUCUUCAAAAUGUAAGAGAGUGCAAGACUGUUAUUUCUCCCAAACUUCUUGGCUACACUCUCGGUUUUCACACUCUCGUUUUUCUCUUCGUCAAUGAACAUGGAGAGAUUGGCGACUUGGGAGAGUCUAUUGGGAAAAAUUGGGCAGGGGAGUUUUUCAAAGCUUUUGAAGAAGGACAGAACGAUUACAAAUUCGCCAAUUUAAAGCUUCCAAACUCUUUCGCCGAAGAAUCUUCUUCCUUGAUCACAAACUCCAACGAACUCUCCUUGCGAAGAGUUCAAUCAGAAGGCGUCCUAGUCAAGAAGUUGUCAAUAAAGCUCGAGAAACAGCUCAACAGCUCAAACAGCUCAAGAAGAAGACUGAAAACUGAGUCGGGCGAGAAAAGAAGAAGAGGGAGAUCCCCAUCGCUUAGCUUAAAAAUCAGCGAGAAAUUUAGCAAAGUCAACAAAAGUAUUCAAUCGAGUUUCCGCUCCUUUAUUCCCUAUCAAUUCUAA